UUUUUUUCUUUUUUCUUCUAAUUAAGCCAUAAUGACCAGAGCUACUGAAGCUUAUACCUUGGGUGCUAUUGUACUCGCAUCAUAUAUUGUUCUUUACUUGGGCAUCUUGCCUUUACCUGAAGUAGUUCAAGACAAGAUUGUGCCUGUGUUGCCUUGGUGGGCUCUUAUUACGUUUGGAUGUUAUUGUUUAGGCACCAUUGGAUUUGCAUUGUUUACAUUCCGGGAUUGCCCUGAAGCUUAUCAUGAACUGAUGGGGGAAAUCAAACAGGCCAAGAUGGAUUUAAGGGCUAAAGGAUUGACUUUGAAUGAAUAAAAAAAAAUGAUUU